AUGUCUAAGAUGUAAUAAUAUUGAUACUAAAUGUGAGUUAUGCUCAAAAGACUCAAAUAGAACCUAUAAUGAACUAUUUUUUUCUUGUAAUUGCAAUUUUGGAUAUUAUGAUGAUGGAGUUGAAACGUGUUAACAAUGUCAUUAUUCGUGUUUAAGUUGUGAUAAUUAAGAUGCUAAUUCCUGUAUUUCCUGUGUAGAUGUUGAUUCGUCAAAUCGAGUCUUUUAUAAUUAGACAUGUAAAUGCUUAUUUGGAUAUUUUGAUGAUGGCUAAUCAAUAUUAUGUUAAAAAUGUGAAAUAAAGUGUUUAAAUUGUGUUCAACAAUCCUAUAUAUGCUUAUCAUGUCCCUAAACUAGAAAAAUAGAAAAUAAUUGUAAAUGUCAAUAGGGCUACUAUGAAGUUGGGUUAUAGCUUUGCUUAGAAUGUAAUUAAAAUUGUAUGACCUGUUUAAACACAGCAAAUAACUGUACCUCAUGCGAUUCUAAUUAAUUUAGAGAAAUUAAUUAAAAAACAAGAACCUGUGAUUGUUAAGUUGGAUUUAUUGAAGUUGAUGGAACUUGCUAAUAAUGUAACCACAAAUGUGAAAUAUGCUCUUAAUUCAUAAAUGAAUGUAUUUCUUGCGUUAAAUAUCGAUACUUGA